AUGAUUUCGACACCGAGCUCCAAUGAGCUUCAAGACCGGUCCCCUUGGCAGAGCGUCGACCUUGUCGUGGUCAAGGGGCUUAGUACCCCUUCGGAGGGAAGCCAACAGACGCUCACAAGGCGUGUCAGGUUGUGGAGUCUCCUUUUUGUUAAAGGAGGGGUGUCCGACACGAAAUUCAUAGGCGCAUACGAGGACUAUAUUGAUCAAGACUGGCGUCGACCUGCCUUCAGCAGUAGUGUCCCCAACACAACCUCGACACCGGGCCACAAGAGCUUCAAGACCGGUCCCCUGGUAGAGCGUCGACCUUGUCGUGGUCCAGGGGCUCAGUACCUCUUCGGAGGGAAGCCAACAGAUGCUCGUGUGUUUUAUUUCAGGGCGGUGCGUUGCAGUAAGCUCAAGACGAUCGACGCCCUGAUGUUCAACACUCGGGCCCGACGACUCCAAUCAAGCACGACAUCAACGGGCGGUAGUCUCUGGGGCGCCUUGGGCUGCAUCUCUGCGUCUGCUGGGUCUCUAGCGCUAGGCAACAUCGACCUCACCGAGCUCAAGCACGAUAUCGACAUCGCCCACGACCGGGCUCAAGCACGACAUCAACAUCGCCCACGACCGAGCCCAAGCACGACAUCGACAUCGCCCACGACCGGGCUCAAGCACGACUUCGACAUCGCUCACGACCGGGCUCAAGCACGACAUCGACACCGAGCUCCAACGAGCUUCAAGACCGGUCCCCUGGGAUAG